AUGUGCAAAAUUUUUAAAUGGAGGGUGAGUCGUCUUGCAAGUCAUUGGCUGAUACAGUCUUUUGAUUUCCUAGCAGUCCCAGGAGAAGGAGCAGACGAUGGUGACAGCGGGAAUGAAAGCCGGAGCGGAAGCGAGGAAACUAAUGUUUGUGAAAAAUGCUGUGCGGAGUUCUUCAAGUGGACGGACUUUCUGGAGCACAAGAAGAGCUGCCCUAAAAACCCGCUGGUGCUGAUUGUGAAUGAAGAUGAAGCAGCUCCGCCACCUGCAGAUGACCUUCCUGAGCCGUCGCCUGCCAGCUCGCCUAGUGACCAGGCAGAGAGCGAAGCUGCCGAGGAGAGCGCCCAGACGGAAAACAGUGAAAGCUGUGAGGUAAAAAACGCGGAGAAGGAAGAAGAGCCRAUGGAGGUAGAAACUUCUGCGGAGAAGAGUUUCCAGAAUCGUGGCACCUCGAACACAGCUACUCCUCUACCUCAGAUCCCCGAACCACCUUCCAUGACAAGCUACAACAUGCCAAGCACUAAUGUCACUCUGGAGACGCUGCUGAGCACCAAGGUGGCCGUUGCCCAGUUCUCRCAGAGCGCGAGGACCGCCACCUCGGCAAGCAUCGGGGGCGGCGUCACCGCCGUGGCCAUCCCCAUGAUCCUGGAGCAGCUCAUGGCGCUGCAGCAGCAGCAGAUUCACCAGCUGCAGCUCAUCGAGCAGAUCCGCAGCCAGGUGGCCAUGAUGAACCGCCAGCCGCUGCGGCCCUCUCUGAACCCGGUGCUCGCCUCGCAGGGUGCCCCCGUGCAAGCAGCCAGCCAGCUGCAAGGGUUUGCCGCCGGCUCCGCUGUUCAGCUGGCCGCCAUCAUUCCCUCCACCAUCAUGGGACAGGUUGCCAGCAGCCAGCCCUCUGCCUUCGACGCCUCUCAGCACAUCUCAAGACCUACGUCCGGAGCAAGCACGCCCAAUAUAUCCAGCAACGUGUCUUCAGCACCUGAAUCGAGCAUGUCCUCCUCUUCCCAUGCAAUUACAUCUGUAAGUCCUGUCUCCAUGUCGACUAACAGUGCUUCACAGCCCCAGAAUGCUUCAACUCCACCUUCGCUGGGACAUGGAGGCCUCACCUCAGUUUCCAGCCUGCCAAACCCACUUCUACCUCAGACUUCAUCAAAUAGCGUUAUCUUCCCCAAUCCGCUGGUCAGCAUUGCUGCAACAGCUAAUGCGUUAGACCCUCUGUCUGCUCUCAUGAAGCACCGCAAAGGAAAGCCACCGAAUGUGUCUGUGUUUGAGCCCAAGUCAAGCUCUGAGGAUCCCUUUUUUAAACAUAAAUGUCGUUUUUGUGCCAAGGUCUUUGGAAGUGACAGUGCUUUACAAAUACACCUCCGCUCGCAUACGGGGGAGAGACCUUUUAAAUGUAACAUAUGUGGAAAUCGCUUUUCCACAAAGGGCAACCUGAAAGUUCAUUUUCAGAGGCACAAAGAGAAAUACCCUCAUAUUCAGAUGAACCCAUAUCCUGUUCCAGAAUACCUCGAUAACGUGCCCACUUGCUCUGGAAUCCCCUAUGGAAUGUCACUGCCCCCGGAAAAGCCAGUCACAACGUGGUUAGAUAGCAAACCUGUUUUACCAACUGUCCCAACUUCCAUUGGGCUCCAGCUGCCUCCCACUAUACCUGGCAUGAACAGUUACGGAGAUUCUCCAAGUAUUACUCCUAUGAGCAGGUCACCCCAGAGGCCUUCUCCUGCCUCCAGUGAAUGCACUUCUUUGUCCCCGAGCCUAAACAAUUCCGAGUCGGGCAUUCCUGUGUCUGCUGAAUCCCCUCAGCCGAUUCAAAGUGGCUCCUCCCUGACUAAAGCAGAAACUGUCAGUCUGCUUCCCACCAACACACGGCUUGGAGACCUUGCUGUAGGUGGGCAAGUUUCCACAGCUUCCACAUCUUCGAUUCCUACUGCUGUUACGGACAGCAGCGUUUCAACGAGCCUCCCAAACUCUGUGCUUCCAGUAAUGUCUGACCAGUUUAAAGCAAAGUUUCCAUUUGGUGGUCUUCUAGACUCUAUGCAAACAUCAGAAACCUCAAAACUACAACAGCUAGUAGAGAACAUCGAUAAGAAGAUGACAGAUCCAAAUCAAUGUGUCAUUUGUCACCGUGUGCUUAGUUGUCAGAGUGCUCUCAAGAUGCAUUACAGAACGCAUACAGGAGAAAGACCAUUUAAAUGCAAAAUUUGUGGACGUGCCUUUACUACAAAAGGCAAUCUGAAAACACAUUUUGGAGUUCAUCGAGCGAAGCCACCACUUAGGGUACAGCACUCGUGUCCCAUUUGUCAGAAGAAAUUUACAAAUGCGGUUGUUCUUCAGCAGCAUAUUCGUAUGCAUAUGGGGGGGCAAAUUCCAAACACGCCACUACCAGAGGGCUUCCAAGAUGCCAUGGACUCAGAACUUUCCUACGAUGAGAAGAACAUUGACACGCUGAGCAACUUUGAUGAUGAUAUUGAUGAGAAUUCCAUGGAAGAGGACCCAGAGUUAAAGGACACAGCAAGCGACUCGUCCAAACCUCUUAUUUCUUACUCUGGGUCGUGUCCUUCUUCACCACCUUCCGUGAUUUCUAGUAUUGCUGCUUUGGAGAAUCAAAUGAAAAUGAUUGAUUCUGUCAUGAACUGUCAGCAGCUGACCAGUUUAAAAUCCAUGGAGAAUGGAUCAGGGGAAAGUGACCACUUGAGCAAUGACUCCUCAUCGGCCGUUGGCGAUCUCGAAAGCCAGAGUGCAGGCAGCCCUGCAAUGUCAGAAUCCUCUUCCUCCAUGCAAGCUUUGUCUCCUGUAAAUAGCAAUAGUGAAAGUUUCCGAUCAAAAUCCCCAGGUCUUAGCAACCAGGAAGAACCGCAAGAAAUACAAUUAAAGACAGAAAAACCAGACAGUCCACCACCCACAACUGAAAAUGGAGGCGCAUUAGAUCUGACAUCCACCAACCUGGGAAGACCGGUCAUCAAAGAGGAGGCUCCUUUUAGCCUGCUGUUCCUGAACAGAGAACGUGGUCCCAGCCAAAGUACUCCUAGCCUGGUCACCAGUACAGCGCCUACCAUGAUCAAAAUGGAAGUGAAUGGUCACAGCAAGCCGAUCUCUUUGGGUGAGGUCCCCUCGCUUCCAGCUGGAAUCCAGGUUCCUGCUGCACCACAGACAGUGAUGAGUCCAGGAAUCACCCCCAUGCUGGCACCCCCCCCACGCCGGACUCCCAAGCAGCACAACUGCCAGUCGUGUGGGAAGACCUUCUCCUCAGCAAGUGCACUGCAGAUACAUGAACGCACCCAUACUGGUGAAAAACCGUUUGGUUGCACAAUCUGUGGUAGAGCUUUUACCACAAAGGGGAAUCUUAAGGUUCACAUGGGAACUCAUAUGUGGAAUAAUGCCCCUGCAAGACGCGGUCGCCGACUCUCCGUGGAAAACCCCAUGGCCUUGCUAGGCGGCGAYGCUCUCAAGUUCUCGGAAAUGUUCCAGAAGGAUUUGGCAGCUCGGGCCAUGAAUGUGGACCCCAAUUUUUGGAACCAAUAUGCUGCAGCUAUCACUAAUGGACUAGCUAUGAAGAACAAUGAGAUUUCUGUCAUACAGAACGGAGGCAUUCCCCAGCUCCCAGUAAGUUUAGGCGGAGGUGCCAUCCCGCCUUUAAGUAACAUUACCAGUGGCAUGGACAAAGCUCGCACUGGCAGCAGCCCGCCCAUUGUUGGUUUGGACAAAGCAAGUUCUGAAACUGGAACCAGUCGUCCAUUCACCAGAUUUAUCGAGGAUAAUAAAGAGAUUGGCAUAAAUUAAAAGCAGUCAUUACGAAUAACUGUUGGACCACUACUCAACACAACUUUUGUUCUGUUUCCUGUACAGCUGUUGAAGCUAAGCAUUAGUUUCCUGACCUAAAUGCAUAGGUUCCCUUUACAGUUUUACCCAUAGCAGAAAUACAUAACUUUGUGGCUGCUGAAAAGUUGUCUUGCAAGAUCUGCAUGGUACUUCUUUCAACAGUGAGUUUGACUGUUACUGAGAACUUUGAAACCUUUUAAUUUAACAGAAACAAACAAAAAAAAAUCAUUGGAUAACUUCAUUAGAAACAAAAAGAGGCUAGACUAUGUCCACUUUGCUUCUUACAAAACUUAACUCUCAACUGAGAAAGGGGGGGCUUCAUUACAGCAUUCUAUCACACUUAUUUGCUGGUUUUGUUCAAAUUAGUUAGCAAACUGGACUAUGUUUUUAGGAAUCUUAAUCUUAAAUAAGUGAUUUAGUACCCCAAUGCUGUGUAUUAUUACAGUAUCCUUGUCUGUAGUAUUUAUAAUGUUAAGAUUAUGCGGGUAACAGACAAUAUACUAGCCCCAAACUUAAAUGAAGCUUUUGUACUGCAAAAUACAUCUGGCUAUGUGAUUUUUCCUUUUCUCUUUUUUUUUUUCUUUUUUUUUUUUUAAAGCAAGUUUUGUUUUACUCUAAGUGGUUUAUUUCAAUGCAGGCAAAAAUGUGAAGUUUUAUUGGGAAAGAUAGCAUGCUUUUCAUGUGCAAGUACCUGUCAGUAACAAACCUUUUUUUAUUUAAGUAUUUGUAGCUGCUAUGUGGACAGUUGUUCUGUUAAAUGAAAAAAAAAUGUAGUGUGGACUUUAGCUCAAUGGUUGGAAAACAAGUUACAGACAAACCUUAGAAGCAUAAAUUAUUCACAACAUUAUAAACCGUUGUGAGUAAAUAUUUCAUGUUAUCAAAGUUGUACAAUAAAAAGGUAAUGUUUGUAUAACGUGGUUGCAAACUCUUAAUUUAUACUAUUGCACUUUUAGUAUUUUGUAUUAGGGAGGUUUGUCUAUAAUUUGAAACUGAACAAAGAUGUAAACUAUUUUAUAAAUAGUACUUUCAUUUGAGGAAUAUGGGGAAAACUCCUGUUACAGUUUCUCGUUUGGUUUUAAGGUCAAACAAUGAAAGAUCUCUAUUAACUAAGCAGAAAAGCCACAGAGAACUGUCAGAUCCUUAGGAAAAAUGGGGCCUGCCAUUUCUUAAACUGAAAUGAUUCAUUUAACUUUUCUAUCAAGCAUACUUAAAAGUGUGACCACCCCUAACAAUUCUGCUAAAUUUAUCUGAAGAGUGUGAUAUUAAUACAAGCCUAGGAUAGACUAAGGAGAACAUUGUGUAGGAUUAAUUUUUCUGUAGUCUGUUGUCUUUCACACAUGCCCAUCAGAAAGAUGCUGACUGCCUAAUAGCACUGCAAACAAAAUAAGGGAUUUUGGGCAGCAUGAGCAGUAGCAACGUGAAAAUAUUCCGUCUUUAUUCCCAACCCUUGCUGAUUAUCUUCUCAGAUUACUGCAAAGCACAAUGUACUCUGAUUGCUCUAAUAUAAUUUUAUGUUGAUUGCAUUGUUUAAAUUACACCGA